GGCCAACAUUAUUUCAAAGCUGCAACUUUCGCUCGCCCACUCAUUCAUGGAGUCUUGAGUCUUGAGUCUUGAGCAUUGGGCCUAGAGCAUAGAGCACAGGUGAUAAGCUUCAACCAUUGACCCCGUAUCAAAACCCCUGCUCGUGAAGCUAUACCGACGUAUGGAGUGCAUUCCUGGGCACCGACUUUUAAGCAUCUUACCAACAGUUGCAUCUUACUUACAUCUAUCUACCCAUCUACGUAUCUAUCUUGCUUCCGGUGCCUGGAUGUUGCUGAUGCUGGAGAUGUUGGAGUGUAUGCACAUCAUAGCAUGUUUUGGUCAUUGCUUCUGUCUAUCCACCUCUAUCCACCCACCACCAUCUAUCUAAUCGCCAUUCAGGGAUCGUCUACGCCAGAAUUUUGAUCAGCUACUCAGACAAACAUUGAGAUAGAAAGGGACAUAUCAUACCUCACACCCCAUCUAACCAUUAUCGUUAUCUGCUCUAUACAUUUCUUCUGGACAUCUCCUGUCUACACCUCCUCUCUACAUCUCCUUAAGCUUCUGACCGCUCGAGCUUGGUUGCCUUUACAGCUAAGCAUCUCUCACAUACGAAUCAUAUAGGUGGGUCAAUACGGCAAAAAAAGAAAAGAGCUUUUUUCUACCCGAGGACACUUACUACUAUCGUAUGUCUGAUAUGCCAGCUGUUACACUUUCGAUAGUCUCACGAGAACGAAUCUGAUAGGCAGUAAACUAUCUCAACAUUAAGCCCUAUUUCUCUAAUAGACCAAAAGGCUUCCUUGAGCAUAUUGAGAAGGUUUCACCAGUCCAACUACAACUUUCAAUCAUGGCUGGCCGCGUACAAUCAUUUCUUGAUUCUCUUGGCCCAGAAGUGGAGGACCCCGAAGAAGAGGCUUUUCUGUUAUUCUCUCAAACCAUCCCUUCCCAGAAUCUCGGAUUCGUAGAUUCAAAGGCCACUGAGAUAGAUUUGACGAUUAAUGGUAGAGAUCUCACAAUUUAUCAAUCUCCUACAAUACUGUCAUCAAAUCGUGAUGGGGGAACUACUGGAGCAGUGAUAUGGAAAAUCACCCCCCUUUUCGCAAAAUGGAUAUCCUCACCUACAAAUCCACUUCUCCAACACCAAAUAAUCACCUCUGAUUCAAUAGUCCUUGAAUUGGGCUGUGGAAUAUCCGGUCUAAUAGCCCUUACUCUGUCACCCCUUCUCCAAACAUACAUCCUUACCGACCAACCAUAUGUCCUCAAAUUUCUCUCUCAGAAUCUUUCUUCCAACUCAUCCUCAUCAAGUACAACAACCUCCAAAUCUAAGUCCCGAAAAUCCAAAGCCCCAUCCUCAACAUCCACAUCAACCCAACAAACCUCAACCAACAAAAUCAUCCCUCUAACCCUCGACUGGGAAACCGACGUCGUCUCCCCCUCUCUCACCUGCUCCGAGACCACCACCAGCUUCGAUACAAUCAUAGCUUGCGAUUGUAUCUACAACGACGCACUCAUCCCACCCUUCGUCCAAACAUGUGUUGAUCUCUGUCGUCUUCGUUCCGCAUCCUCACCCUCCAAAAAUCAGGACCAAACAGAACCCAGUAAUCCCACUCUAUGCGUCAUAGCCCAACAACUCCGUUCUCCAGAUGUUUUUGAAUCCUGGCUCAAGGAAUUCAACAAAUUUUUCAAAGUGUGGCGUGUUCAGGAGGGUGAUAUUCAGGAGUGUGGGCUAGGAGAAGACUCGGGGUUUGUGGUGCAUGUUGGGAUUUUGAGAUAGGUAUUUGAAGAGUUGAUUUCUCUCGUAAGUAGAUUCCUAGCAGUACCAAAAUCUUACAUGUUGUUUUGUUGGUUUUGUUCUUGGUGCAGAGGAUGUGUAUCUAAUGUUGAAUCCUAUAUGGUAUAAUGAAUGGAUCAUAUCAUAUCAUACUGAAUACCCGAGAUGAGUUUCUGAGAUGUAAAAUAGAGAUCCAUUUCAGUAUUAAUAUCCUUACUAUCAAAAGACUAUAUAAAGCAUUGAUAUUUACACAAAUAAAUAAUUGCAUAGUAGCGUUACUUUCUA